AUAAAAUCAGAUUCAAUAAUUAUAUAUUUUAUUUAUUUUUUUAAAAAAAAAUUUAAAAAAAAAAACACAAAUAAAUUCAUUUGAACCCACCACAAGAGAAACUAUUUCUUAAGCCAAGAAAGAAGCCUUUUUCCCUCGCCCAAAACCGAAAAGAAAAAAUCAUAUGGGAAAGAAAAUGAAGCUCCCUUUUCUGGCUAACCAAACAACAGAGCCUAAAUCUACAACAUGGCCAUGGCCUUCGUGUGCUCAAACAAGAACCCUCUCUUUCAGAACUACUCCUCAAAACGACAACGUUUUAUUCAAAACAAUCAAUUCAGCUUUCAUAGACUCAUCAACUACUACACCUCCUUCUCUUCUACCUAAUGACUAUUACUCAUCACCAUCGUCUUCUGACUCAGCAGCAAGCUUCUCCACAAAUUCCGCCGACGACCCACCUCCAUCUUCCGGCGCCGGAGCCGGCGGAGACCCAGUUGAGGCAGUGAUUGAAGGACUAAGGUCAACGGAUGAGAGCCGGUUGUUCUUCGAGCCUGGGGAGGCUAAUAGUACUGCUUCUAUACUUGAAGAAAGUAUUAGUAGUGUUGAUAAUAAUAAUAAUAUUAAGAGAUUAGAGAAAGUGAUUCCUUACAAGGAAAGUGUUGCUUUAUCAAUGGAGUCUAGAAACCCUUAUUUGGAUUUCAAACAAUCUAUGGAGGAAAUGGUUGAGGCACAUGGUCUAAAGGGUUGGGAAAGCCUUGAAGAGCUUUUGAGUUGGUAUUUGAAGAUGAAUGGAAAAGACAAUCAUGGGUUUAUUGUUGGUGCUUUUGUUGAUUUAUUGGUAGGUAUUGCUUUUAAUAGUAAUAGUAGUAAUAAUAAUAAUAAUAUUGAUAUUAUUAGUCAUAAUAAUAAGUCUUCUUCUUCUUCUUCUAGUUAUAGUUCUUCAAAUUGUAAUUGUUCUAAUAGUUGUGACUCUCCUUAUUCUCCUUUAUCAUUUUGUAACACUUCUAGUACUUCUUCUUCUUCUAGUACUUCUAACUCUUCUUCUUCUUGUUCAUCUUCUUUAAGUAGUAGUAAUACUCCUUGUGUAUCUUCAAUAGAAGUAGGGGAAUUAGAGAUUGAAAGUGCUCCUUGUUUGGCUUCCUUGUUAGAAAUCGAGGAGGAAAAGAAUGUAGAAGAUGAUGAUGAUAUUAUUUCAUCUUAGAUAAAUAUAUUAUUAUAUGUUUUUUCUUUUUAAAGUAUUUUGUAAUAUUAUUAUUGAAAUAUAUACUAAUUAGCUGAAA